AUCUUCAGCAGAGUUGUACUUCAGUGAUAACAUAAGAGUCUACCAGAGUCUACACAAGCAGAUCCGCAGAUAAAAUCAUCACAUCACAGCAUACAAAGGGACACUCAGCUUGGUAAACAAACAAACAUGUCGGACGACGUUGCAGCCGAGCAGACCCCUGGUUUCAAGGUUGGAGAGAAGAAGACGCUUGAUGAAUAUCACAAAUUAGACCAAGAAGAUGAGGCGUUGAACCGAUGGAAGGCUUCUCUUGGCCUGGCUACCGGCGACUCAAUCUCUAAUCCCAAUGACCCUCGCCUCUGCAUCAUCAAAUCUCUUGCUCUGGAAGUUGUAGGCCGACCCGACAUCACCAUAGAUCUGUCACAACCUGGCGCUCUUGAGAGCCUGAAGAAGAAACCGUUCACCAUCAAGGAGGGUUGCGAGUACCAGAUGAAGGCGAAUUUCGUGGUCCAACAUCAAGUUCUCUCCGGUCUUAAAUACAUCCAAGUCACCAAGCGUAAGGGCAUUCGGGUGAGCAAGGACCAGGAAAUGAUCGGCAGUUAUCCUCCAAACACCACCGGCAAGCCAACAUACGAGAAGAAGUUCGCCAAAGAAGAGGCUCCGUCUGGUAUGCUGGCUCGUGGCCAUUACGACGCAGUUUCCCGGUUCGUUGACGACGACGACAUGACCCAUCUCGAGUUCGAAUGGUCGUUUGAAAUAGCCAAGGAUUGGAAAUGAUGUGCAUCUGGACGACCGCGGCGAGCUUAGGGGUGAGUAGGUCGCUCGGCAUAUGGAGCUCUGCAGCGCCACCUCGUACAAUGCGCGGCUAGAGUCGAGAGGUCAAGGGCUCGUAAAGCGCCUCACAUGCAGUGGUGCCACGAACAGGCCUGUGAGUUGGUUCCAACGAUGAGAUGAAUCGACGAUUAGAGAAAGUACUCAAUUUGAGAUCCUUGCCCGUCC